AUGAGUAAGAGGAAGAAGCUUCGGACCUCAGGGAAAGGAAUCCGUCCUCCAAAACUUCCAAAGAACCCAAGGUUAGGAGACUCUGACGGGGACCCCCAGAGUUCCAAGUUGGGCCAUUGGCAUCACCCUGAAGAGACAGAAAGCAGAUCAGGACCCGCUCCCUCUGCAGAGCAGAGCAGGGAGGAACCAGGGCAGGCAGCUUCCAGCUCUCCUUAUGAGGAAGCAGGAGCUCCCUCCAGUCUCCUCGGGGAGCCAGAAAAAGAGCCAGUUCGCCUUCCUCCUUCCCAGAACUCAGUCGGGAGGUUUGUCCCCCAGUUUGCGAAACCCAGGAAGACAGUGACAGGACGAGCAGAGAGGAGGGAAGAGGACCCCAGGAGUGGGGCCUUCAGCUUGGAAACACUGCCAGAACCUAGUGCCCAGCAGGCCAGAAGCCAGCCUCAAGAGGAGUCCCCAGGGCUUGCCCUCCAGGAGACCAGGGACCCAGGAGACCAGACCCAGGCAGACAGCGCCUGCCCCGAGCCCAGCGGCCAAAACCCUGUGACGCCUGUGCCUGGCGAUGGGGAUCCUCAGCCCUUGGCCUCCAGCAUUGCCUCUCUGGAGUGGGGAACAGUGCCCUCGGCCUCAGAGAGGGCCAGCCAGGACCACCUGUCAAAGCAUGGGACCAACGUGCCAGAUGGUGGAAGCACGGAGGAGGGUUGGGUUCCAGGUGAUCAUGGCCAGAAAGGGCACCUGCCAGGCAGUGAUCCUGAAGAGGAGCCAGACCAAGGAGCCCCUCAGGAGGGAGGUGCCCGAGGGGAAGCAGGAGCUGAGCUGCCUGAGGAGCGCCAGGAGGAAGAAGAUGGCAUCCUGGGCCCAGAGCCCAGAUCUGCAGCCCAGGGCCCUCCUGACGCUCUGCAGACACCCAGCUGGACUGGCGGGGGAGCAGAGUGGAGCUAUAGCAGCCCAAGAUGCUCCCGCCUUGGGGCUGUUGUCAUCGCAGGUGUGAGCACAGACCCCACGGAGCCAGAACAGAGGGCUCUGGGGGUGGCUGGGCCAGACGGGACGGUCAAUGCCAGGGUGACUGCCUCUCCCAGCGGGAAGGCUUCUGAUGGAGGCCACAGCAGGGCCCUGCUCGGGUGCAUGCCUCUCACUGGGGAGACCACAGGAGGCAGAGAGGAGGCAAGGCGGGAAGACAAGCCCCCUGAUGAUGUCCCGGGGGGCCUCGCAGCCUCCCUGGCUCUGGCUCACGAGAUCCAAGAGCCCACAAUAGGUGUUGGGGAUUCCAGCCCUUUAGCCUUGGAAAUGGGUCCAGGUGUGGGUCAGACACAGGUACCAGGCCCGGAUCAAGAAGGGCUGGGAGGUAUGUGCUUGCUGCCUUUGCUGUUGCAACCUGUGGGUGAAAAGGCAGCUGAGUUAGGGAGCCAUAGCCACAAACAAGACUUCAAGGGGCUCAGUUUGCCCCUUGGAGCCUGUGCUCCCCCAGUGUACAGAGAAGCAGUGGACGGCCCUCCCCAGGACGCUGGGUCACGUCAGGGCAGCCCAGAUGCCCGCACAAGCCCGGCAGGCCAGCCUGAGCACCCUGCUGACUCUUCAGAGCAGGCUCUCUGGGAGGGGUCCCCAGCCAUGGAACUCUACUUCCUGCCGGACAGCCAGACACAGGAUGCCCUGGAAGCCCCUGGUUUUGAAGCCCCACCUGAACAGUUGUCUCCUGCAGGGAGCGGGUUGGACCCUUGCUGGCCUGGCACCAGCCCACGUGCCGACGGAGGCUCCCUUGCUGAGGCCCAGCCAAGGACCCGAAUGGGGAUCAAGACCUGCGAAGCCGCCAGGAUGGAGGAUGCAACAGACACCGUGCGAGGCCUCGUCAUCGAGCUCUCCAACCUGAACCGGCUGAUCAUGAGCGCCCACCGGGACCUGGAGGCCUUCAAGCGCCUCAACUACUACCAGAAAGCAAAGCCGGCAGGGAAGGCCCCUGCACCCUACACACCAAAGGGGGCUGGGAAUCUCCCUCGAGGGGAGCAGUCCUGGAGGGACUCGUAGGUGUGUGUGUGUGUGCUCGUACAGGCUCGCCGGCCCCCAGAAGUGCCUGAUGUUCCUGCCAAACAGCUGGAAACAAUCUCUCAGCAGACUCCGGAAAGCCUGCUGGCCCCUGUGUGC